AUGGAGGACGAAUCGUACAGAAACUUGGAUUACGGUGACGAGGGGGCGUCGAGAUCUCCGAGGAGAGAUAUAGACUUUGACAACUACGACAGAGGCUACGACCGGUUCCCAGACUCCCGUGGCGGUGGGAGAAGAGGCUCUUUUGGUGCCAGGUCCCGUGGAGGUAGGGGUAGAAGAGCUGCGUUUGGCGGUCCCGGUCCCAGAUUCAGAGAGGAAGGCUGGAGGGGAGGCAGGGGCGGUGGAAGGGGUCCACCCCGUGGUGGGUUCAGGAGCAGCAGAAGACUCGUAGUGGACGCUGUGAACACGCAAUUCACAAGAAACUUUGACAACAGCGUCUUUGUCGGUAACUUGUCGUUUGACUGCAGUGUCGACGACCUAAGAGAGUUCUUCCAGCCAAUCGGUGAGAUCGUAAGUACGGAUAUAAUCACCAGCGGUGGCCGUCACAAAGGGAUGGGGACCGUGGAGUUUACCAACACGGCAGACGUCGACGAAGCGAUUCGCCAAAUGGACGGCGUCAUGUUUAUGGGUCGUGAGAUAUUUGUCAAGCAGGACCACCCACCUCCAAGCCAAUCCGCUAGACCACUCGAUGUCGGUAUGGGCUACGAGGGAGAAGAAAUGGACCGUGGUUAUCCAAGACCACCCCCACGCCAGCGCAGACUUGAAAAAAGACCACCACCAGGUGGAGACCGCCCCAUGGAGGGAUACGAGGCCUUCAUCGUCAACCUACCCUACGCAAUCACUUGGCAAAACUUGAAGGACAUGUUCAGAGAGGCCGGUGACGUAAGCAGAGCCGAUGUUGAACUGGAUUACAGGGGACUAUCGAGAGGGUUCGGUAGUGUCUACUUCCCAAUAAAGGAGGACAUGUACAGGGCCAUUGACAUGUUCAACGGAUAUAACUUGGACGGCAGAAUUCUCGAGGUUAGAGAGGGCCGUUUCAACUACUUGCUAGAUGAACAGCUACAAGACCAAGAACAAAUACAACAUCCACCUCUGGACUACCCACAAGAUGAGGAACCACCUAUGAUGAUGGGAGACUAUGAAGACGGUCAAAUGUCCCAGGGGAUCGGCCGCAUGCAUUAUGAUGAGGACCAUACUGUGCCACCGGUCCCCCCUCAAGCAACGGAGGAAGAAACUGUACCAGAAUUAGAAAAAACCGAGCCAGCUCCACAAUCAGAAUUCAUUCAAGGUGUUGUCAGCAGUGGAGAGAGGAGCACUUUGAUAUACUGUAGCAAUCUACCUGUAUCUACCUCCAUCAAUGAUUUAUACGAAUUGUUCGAAAGUCUGGGGAAAGUUAACAAGGCUGAAUUGAUAUUUGAUCCAGCUGGCUUACCAACUGGCAAUGCAGUAAUAGAUUACAUGGACCUACAAUACGCUGAUCUUUGCAUCAGUAAGUUGAACAAUUACAAUUACGGUGGGAAUGAUCUAUCUGUAUCCUACGCUGAGCGCAAAGCAUUAGAAUAG